CGCCGCGGAGCGCCGAUAGGCUCGAUGAUCUCGCGGCGCAGCUGCGGAGGACCAGCAGAUGCCGGGUGGGCAGCCACUGUCUCCCCCUCCCCUCCUUCCUGUAGGCUUUCAAGCCCCUUGUCCUAUCCGCUCAGCGCUGUCCGCCCUGGAGAGCUGCCCGGAGCUCCCAGGGAGCCGCAGGUGGUGAAUAUUUAUUCUGCUGAGACGUAGAGGAGUAAUUUGUGAGUUAAAAAUAUGCCUCCCAAGUUCAAGCGCCACCUCAAUGAUGAUGAUGUCACUGGUUCAGUGAAAAGUGAGAGGAGGAAUCUUUUGGAAGAUGAUUCGGAUGAAGAGGAGGACUUUUUUCUAAGGGGACCUUCUGGACCAAGAUUUGGACCUAGAAAUGAUAAAAUUAAGCAUGUUCAGAAUCAGGUGGAUGAAGUUAUUGAUGUCAUGCAAGAAAAUAUUACAAAGGUAAUUGAAAGAGGGGAGAGACUAGAUGAACUACAGGACAAAUCAGAAAGCUUAUCGGAUAAUGCAACUGCUUUUAGCAACAGAUCCAAACAGCUUCGAAGGCAAAUGUGGUGGCGUGGAUGCAAAAUAAAAGCCAUCAUGGCUUUAGUUGCUGUUAUCCUUUUGCUAGUGAUUAUCAUUCUUAUAGUUGUGAAAUACCAUACUUAAUUUGAUGACAGAGAUCUUCGCUAAACAAGAUCUGGGACAAUAAUAAUAAUAAAAGAUUGCUGCAUAAUUUAAAUGAAACCCAUGUAUAUAACUUUCAGAACUUCUUUUUCAAGAAACUAAGAGGCAAGUAUCACUUCAAAUUGGAGCAUUGAGAAUGUCCAAUUAUCUUCUUCCCUUUGAACGAAACAUUAUUUUAAUAAUUUAUGUUUAAGACAAAAAUAACCAGCCUCUAUUUUGCCAUAUUCCAAGGAUCUAAUUUGAAACUAGAUACUUGCCAAUUAAUAAUUUGUGUAUAUAGUUAAAAACUGAUGAUAAUGUUUCAUACUAUUAUUUUAAUGGCAUAAGGAUUUAAAUUUUUGCAUCAGGAUGGGGAUUCAUGGUGGGGGUGAGGGAACCUAUGUAGAGCACCAAAUCCUUAUGCUAAAAGAGAUACACAACUGUUCAGUCGAUAUUUGCAAGGAUAUCAUUCUUCUUUCGUUACGGUUACUCUGCAAGCAGUUUCCACAAUGUUUAUAGGUGUAACAAAAGCUAAAUGUUGUAAAUGUUGCUGUCUUCAGAUAUAACUAAAAACAUUCUAGUAAUCCUGUUUUUGACUGUAUAAAGGAACGUAUAGUAAUUUUUUGGCAUUUGGAUUAUGGAAAUGGGAAAUACGAACAGUGUGGAAAAACAUAGUAUAACACCAUAAAACUUGAAAUCAUGAAAUUAAUGAACAGUGUCACUGGAGUGUUUGAAAAUGACCCAUAUAUAGCUGCAAUUAAUGAUCCAGACUGUUUUCAGUUAUCCUCCAAUAAGGAAGACCAGUCAUAAUGUGAGUAAAUGAAAUCCACAGAUAACUUAUUCCCUAACUUUAUUUUAAUUAAUAGCUUUCCUCUUUAACUUCAGCUAGCCCUUUCACCAGAAGCGCUGAAAGCAGCAAAAUCAUCUGGUUAACAUGGGAUACUUUUGUCUUCUCUUGAUCAUCCUCUGUGAAGUGCAUAUUGUGUCAAAGCAGUCAACACUAAUAAGGAAUCAAAAGUCAGGAGCCUAGAUAAUCUAUAUACAGGGCGAUCAGUAAGUAACCAAAUGCUAGGUGGUCAUGUUAAUCUCAGCCUCUUUUUAUAACCAUAAGAUGUAUUAUAAAGUUAACUUUAAAAUGUGCCAACCUCCUUGUGUUGUUUAAGCAACUCAGAGUGAAAAUACUACUGUAUGUGGGGAGGAAGCUUUGUAAUAAAAUUGGAAAUUCUACAGAAACUUGUGUACAUGGACAUCUUGAGAAUAUAUUUAACUCCCUAAAUUUGAAAUAAGGUUAGUAGAAAAUAGCAGUAUUUAAAUAGGAAAAAAAAAAUGAUCCUAUAUAGGUUUUCUUUCUUUGGUCAUUUUAAUUCAAAAUGUAUGAAACAUAGAAUAGUUUGUUUGUUUGUUCAUUUAAUUCUACAGGAUUAGUACUAAUAGUCAAAAAUGUUCUGUGUAGAAUGGGAAGAAAUUUGAAGGGAGGAAGCCAAUUAAGAUGUACUCAAGACACCUGCAAAUUAUGAAGAUCUAAAUAUAAUUGCUAAAUUUUAUAGUUUGCUGAGAGCAUUAAAAAUGUCUGUGGUCUCUUCACUCUUUGUAGAUGUCAAUAUAAACAACUUCUGGGCUGCUGAUAAAUCCUUUGACAAACUAGGAUUAAAACCCAGGAAAAUGAGCAUUUUUAGAAUUUCAGUAACUAAAGUUGAACAAUGGAAAUGUUUUAACUGAGUGAUUAGAAUCAAUCCUAAUGUAUGUAUGUAUGUAUGUACAUCCUUUAUUUGAUAUUGGAACGAGACUUAUAAAUGGUUAGUUUUCUAUUUGUUGGUGUGGAAAUCAGGUUUCUCCAUGAUAUAUAUUAAUGAAGAUGAAGGAUAUUUCUCAAGAACAGUUUCAGCCAGAAUCCACACUUCUAGUUUCUUUGAAUAAAGAAAGUAUAUCACUUUUAAAGAAAGAAUCAUUUAAAAAAUAAAGGAAAUUAUACAAUUACUUUACAGAUUUUAGACAAAAAAUAAAGGAAAGUUUUAAUAACAUUGUAUAUAUGUAGUUCUCUUUGUAUUAUAAAUAUGCUGCUGCUGAGAAUACUGGUGGCAGGCAUGUCUCUGCUUAAACUUUGUAGUAGAGGUGGUCUUGUUCAAAGGUUAUCAUUUCAUCUUUCUUGGUCUUGAUGAAUCCUGAGACCCUUAAAGUGGCUGGCAUGUUUAUAAAUUUAUUGUGGUAACUCUGGAGGCAUGAGCCUCCUUAAGAACAAAACAGAAGAAAAAAUAUGUUAUUUGAAUUGAUGCCAGGCCUACCUUCCUUCCCUCCCUUAAUCAUUCUUUUUCUCAUUCAGUUCAGAUCAUCCUGCACUUGAACAAUGAAGUUUUCCACCAUCAAAACUAUCAUUAUUUAACAACAAUGAAGAUCAACAGAAAAAUUGAAGUAGCUUUGCAAAUACUAGUUGAUAUCCAGUGAAAUCAGGUCAUUCUAUCAGCGUAAUGCCUGAAAAUAUACUUGUGAUUUAUGUUUAAUCACAGAAGCCUUUUACCCUAUAGUGAUUCUAUGAUUAUGAUAUUGAUUAAUUGGCACUUCCUUCUGAUUAUUACUCAGUAAUACUUGUGGUCUUUUGGCUCCUCUAUUCUGACAAAGCUCAUGGAAAUUGCCCUCAACUUUUAUAAAUUGAAGGAUUUCUUGAUUAAAGGAAAGUUCCAUUUUGAAAAUGGAACAUUAUCUAAAAUGGAGGAAGGAUAAUUAAUACACAUCAGUUAUAGAAACCUCUUGUUGGCUCUGCUGUAGAUUGCCAGUUAUUAUAUAGUCUUUCUAUGCUAUUAUGCUCCAUUAGCAAAUCGUACUUCAGCAUUUUUUAUAGCAAAAAUAGACAUCUUUCAAUUCUCUGUAGCAUGUGGGGACACUGAAAAUGAUUAUACAGGUCCAGACUGAGGAGGCAAGAUAAAAAAGAAAUUGAAAUCUCUCAUUGCCAAUAUAUUCUUAAACAUGUUUGAUGCCCUCUCAUGUUUGUUGCCUACUCUGAGUCUGCAUCUAUACCUGUAUGAACACUAUGAUUAGAAAAUAUGCAAGAAACUGUUCUUUCAUGUUGAGAACUAAUGCCAUUAGAAGAUGUCCCUAAUUUUAUUGUCAGAGAAUUACUAACUCAAGGAUAAUGGGCUGUUCUGUCCUGUUAGUCUGAUUCUGUGAUUUAACAUGGAAAUGUAACUGGAUUCUAUUUUCUUUUUCUUUUAAUGGGGAAUAAGAACAUGAAUCAGGAAGCAUUAUAUAUUUAUUUUAGACUGCAGUAUAGUGCUCAUAUUUUUACAGGAAAUUAGAAAUUACUGUAAGGUAAUAAAAAGACACUGUGGGUCUUAAGGAGCUGAAAGGUGCCUAACUUCUGAAUCCACUUUCAUGGCACCAUUCCUUAGCCUGAAGUAGGGCUUGGCAUUCUUUAAAAGUGUGACGUUAGUCUUACUGUGACUUUUUCUGGAAAUCAAGUAGAAUCAGGGAUGAGGCACUGCAAACUCUUUUUAUUCUGACUCCUGUGUCAUUCUAAGCUGCUUGGAACAAGACCGUAGGAAUGGAAAAGAAUGCAUGACGGGAUAAAUGUAAGCUUACAAAAGCAAGGACCACACUAUGUUUUUGUGUCUCCUCAGGACCCAACAUAGUGCUAGAUAAAUGUGUGUUGAAUGAAUGUUUAAAGGAUGAAUGUGCAUAGGAAGUCACAAAGACAGCAAUGUGUAGCCUACAAGUGAGAGUUGAUUUCCGAGGAGCUCACUUAAGUAGUAAUAUGAUUGACAUAAAUAGUGGGGCCUUUAGCCUUUAGCAGGGCAUAGGAGUGCUCUUUUAUAAUUGGGUAUAAAAAUAUUUUCUAUUAGGUUCUUUACAUUUGAAGAGCUCUUGAAAUAAAAGAUUUAUUUAAUAUUAUAAGGCUACAAAGUAAGUUGCAUAAAUCAGCAGAGAUUUUGGUCAGUAAAAUGUCAGAAAUCAAACCAUAAGAAACUUCAAGCACUUUGUUUUAUGUCUUCGAUAAAUGUUAUUAUUUGAAAUACCACAUUCCUUUAUUUAACCAUUUUGAUAAGUGCCUUUGAUGUUUUAAGAUAUAUGGUAGGAGAUUAGCAAAUGUAAAUGAUAUGUGCCCUGUUACCUAGCUUCUCUAUUCUUCAUAACCAUUUUACCAGUGUUUCAAAGUUUAGUCCUUUGUGUUCAUAUCAUAUAUGUAUUUGAAGCCUCUCCAUAGUAAAAGUAAAAUAAACUAUUUCAUAGCAAACAAAAA